CACACGUCAAGUCGAAGUGAGGACAAAUUUUCCAAGAGUUUAACUUUUGGGUUUGCGGUUGUUUGUAUAUUUUUAUUUUUGUUCCCAAACAUCGAAUUUUGUGCAAAAAGCUAUACAAAUAAAUUCCAUUCGAGACUUUCAAAGUUCUUGGACAAGAUGAACUCCUUCAUGCGGCGAAACAUUACUGCCGAACAAAUGCACAGCUUCCUAAAGGACAAACACGCCUGGGAGAACGCCAUUGCCAUGUACAAUGGACCCGAUCCCCUCGAGCACUGGUACAAUUACAUUUGCUGGUACAACAGCAACAUCCACGGCGAUCCGGAGAACAAAUUUCGGGAAACUCUGGAAAGAUGCCUCACGCAAUACGAGCACAACGAGUACUACAAACAAGACCCGCGAAUGGUUAAGUUGUGGAUCAAGUACAUAGACUUGCAGCCGAAUCCGUUACACUUCUUCCAAAUUCUCUAUCAGCGGGGCAUUGGGCGCCAGUGUGCCUGUUUUUACACCAACUGGGCGCAUUACUAUGACUCGGCGAACGCAUUCAAGGAGGCUGAAUCCAUCUACAAUCUGGGGUUCCAGGCAAAGGCCGAACCUUACACGGAAUUGGAGGGUGCUCAUACGAAGUUCCUUUACUCACUAUCACAGCGAAUGGUUUACGAGGACAAGAAGCAACUGAAUUCCCACACCCAGCAGCACCAGGUACAGCAGCAACAACAGCAUCAACAGCACAUACCUAUUAGCCAGCCGUUAGAAAAGAGAACAGCGGAUGUAAACCAGCUGCAACUGCAACAGCAACAACAACAACAGCACCAUCAGGAGAUGCCUGGACAAGUUCAACAUUGCAAUCAGCAGAUGCAUCAUCUUCCCCAACAAAGUGUGGGUGCUGCAAUUCCACCACAAAUGCAACCACAAACUCACACCCAACCGCAAACGCAGACGCCUGUUGCUAGCACAAAUUGCCAAUAUACCGAAUUGCAGAGUUCCACAGCAACUGCCAUUUCUUCCUCACUGAACUACAUAUACAAUGAGCCACAGGUUGCUGCAGCUGUCUAUCCGCAAGAACCAGGUGCUGCCGCCGCUGCUUCCUUUAGUUCGCAAGCGCUUGAUAUUCCACUUGGAAACGUCAAGCUCCCCGCGCAGUUUGCUACGUAUUGCCGCAACAACUACGAAGUCUGGAAACCAGCCCUCUUCCUGGAGGAACCAGAAGACCCCUACAAGCGCUGCCAGUACCAAAAAGCUCUUGUCUAUCCAGGAGGCGACGUCGAAUUCAGUCCGGAGGAAGUUCGUGCGAAAAAGUGGAAGAGUAUGCAACAGAAAUCCAGACAGCCGCAACAGCAAGUUGAAAUCCAGAAGCCUUCGACGACGACGACUCAAGUAACCACAGACGCCGAUAUUGAAGACCAAAUCGAAGCUUCGACAAUCCGUUUUAGCACCCACGAAGAACACGGCGUGACCAAGAGCAAAACAAUAAAAAUCAAAUUCAAAAAGGAAAAACCCACAGCAUUGGAUUCCUCGUGCAGUUCCACCAAUGGCCAACACAACUUCAAUUACACCAUUGAGAACGCCUAUGCAGUAGAGUCAGCCUCGCAGGACGACGGCAGCAAUCGUGGAAAUGGCUUCCAUCCCUAUCAAAUGCAAACAUCCACUCCCAAAGUAAAGAAGCCCAAAAAGCUGAAGAGCGUCAACAAGCAUCUAACCGGGAAGUACUUGGCUGCUGCUGCCCACGGGGAUAGCAAUUCGUCGGACUACCAUCCACAGCAAUCUCAGUACCAGUACGAAGACGCAAAUCUCCUGCUGACCUUUGCCAAAGAAAACACUUCUUCCUCCACCACCCCACAGCAGUUGCAAAAUAGGACACCGAUAAAAAUUCGACAGAAAAACGGCGAUUCCGUUCACUAUGCGGCCAACGACAACGCCAGUUACUCGUUCAACGAGAGCGCAUACAUGGACAACUCGAAUUGCUCGGUGAGCUCUGCAGUGGGUCGUCUGAACUUCCGCGAUUCGCAGCGCGAUGAUUUCUCCACUUAUGCCGAGAACAGUUUCUUCGCAUCGGAAAAUGACAAGGAGCUGCAGGAACAGCGUCUCGAGAAAGCACUCAGUGUGAUCGAGACUCACAUGGCCAAGCCGGUUAUUGACCCGUUCAACAAUGAGCUCUGCAAGGCAUUCCUCACCAAACUCAAUUUUCCGUCCUACGAUGCGGCCGAAAACGUUUGCAAAGUGGUGAGCACGCCAUUGCCUAAAUUCGCAAACACCAAGAUGAUAACGCUGGCCGAUAUUCGCUUCAGCAUCGAGAAGGAAGUAGGUCGUGGGUCGUAUGGGUCUGUGUACAAGGCGACCGACUGCAAGACCGGAACGGUUGUGGCUCUAAAAUACCAGAAGCCUCCCAACAUCUGGGAGAUAUACAUCUGCCAUCAGGUUCGGAAGAGGAUCCGGACGGAGACCGUUCUGCCCGGAGUCAUGAACAUCUCCUCGGCUGUGAUCGCACCAAACGCGAGCAUAAUCGCCACCGAAUUCUCGCCCUACGGAUCGCUGCUGGACAUAAACAACAAGAUCCGGCAGGCCACCAAGAAGGUCAUGCACGAGAGUCUGGUAAUGCACUUCAGCAGCCAGAUCCUGAACAUCAUCCACUGCUUGCACAAGAGCAAGAUCAUCCAUGCGGACAUAAAGCCAGACAACUUCCUGCUAAUGCGUGUUCCUAACACAGAUCUCCACUAUCCUUCGCUGCGUCUGAUUGACUUUGGUUGUGCGCUUGACAUGACCCUCUUCCCAGAGGGCACCCAGUUCCGGAAGAUAAUCCAGACGGACGGAUUCACCUGCAUCGAGAUGCAGGAGGGCCGGCCUUGGUCCUAUGAGACCGAUCUCUUCUGCGUGGCGGGCACCGUUCAUGUGAUGCUCUUCGGAGAGUACAUGCAGAUCGCAAAGAAAUUCGAAACCUGGGACAUCAAACAAAAACUGCCGCGGUAUCUGAAAAAACACGUCUGGACGGAUUUCUUCGGCAGUAUGCUGAACAUUAAAAGCCAAGACAUUCUACCCAACUUGUUGGACAUAAAGAUGCGAUUCGACGAAGAGGCCAUGAAGAUGGACUCCGAGCUUCAGUCGCAAAUCAGGACGUUAUCGAAUUUGCUCCAUCGCCGAUAGUUACGUUACGCGCUUCUUUUUUUAGCAUUCAUCUCACAGAAUAGAGGAGAGAGCAGCAAAAGAAAAGAAAAGCAGAAAAGCAAAGAGAGAAAAAAGUAUACUUGUAUUCCUUUUUUGUUUUGUUUUAAUUUCGCAAUUUAAAUUUCUUUUUCUCUAGAUUUAUUAUUGUUUAAUCUACGCAAAUAUAAUAACAUUUUUUGAAUUAUUAUUAUUAUUAUAUUGAAGAAAAAAGAAAAGAAAAACACGAAACAUAAUCCAAUUGUACGAUAUCUAUAGUUAAGAACUGAUCACGGCUCCCAAGGAGGAGUAAAGUACACUCUUUAGGCGGUGUAUAUUCUAUGUUGUAAGAAUAAUAAUUAAAUGAAUAAUACUAAAAUUUGAAAAUAUAUUCAUUUCAAAAUUUAAAUAGAAACAAAAAUAAUGUGCACACAAACUUCUAAAGUAAACAAAAUUAAUUAAAAAACAAAAAUAUUAAAAUAUUAAUUGUAAAGUGAGAUGAUUCUAUAUAAUAAAAAAAAUAUAAAGCCAAACAAAAGAA